AAUUGUUGGACACAGAAAACCGUCUUUAUUUACACGCUGUCUCACUGAGUGAUCAUCUCAGGGCCAAAAUGAUUCCUCGAGGGCUAAGAAUAACAAAAAAGCCAUUCUUGGGAUUGGAAAACAAAGAGUUUUGCGAUAGAUGGUGUGAAAUUCUAAACAAAUGUUCACUUGAUCUAAUGGCCCUAACAAUUAGUGAACUCUCUACAGACCUGAAUUCUGUGCGCGACCAAGUCGCUGAUGCAAAAAAAGAGAUAUCGGAAAAAAUACAGGAUAAAGAACGGUUCGAAAAACUGAUGGAGGACUGUGACAAACACAAGAAAACAUUAGAGGAAGAACUGAAAUCAUUUAAGAGACAAAAGUUUGAACAAGUCCGGGCGGACUAUGAAGGUGGCACUGUGUACAGGUGGCGACUGCCGAAAACAGGGGAGAACCAAGCCAGACAGAGAGGAAGGCGCACCAAACAAUGGCACUCCUUCUCAUCCCGCGACUCAGACUCCAGCACAAACACAGAGCAUGCCCACUCAACGGCUUUUUUAGCCCAAGAUCAGCACACACGAGGAAGACCACCAAAAUCACAGACCAGAGGAAGGGGAAGAGGUGCCGCCGGGGCAAACGGCUACCAAAACUACCAAAGGGAUCCACUCACUCGGAGACUGAACAGGAGCUAAAUGUCAUCAAUCUGUCUGCCAAGAGGGACAACAGAGAUGAUGACUGCGACACCACGCCCCUCCCUCGAAACGGACACACAAGCGCCUCUGGAACAGACCCCAACUGACGCAAGAUCUCGAUUCAGAGGUAAAUCUCACUUCAUACCUCCCAAACACAGAAAUCCUUCCCUGGAUACAUAUUGCAGACUAGUCGAGCAGGAAGUAACAACAGCUAUGCGAAAGAAAAGGGAAUACAAAGUUUGGAACAAUCUGACCCUGAAGCAAAGACAAGAAUUGAGCACUUUACAAAAAGAUGGAGAAUUAAUUAUUCAGAAUGCGGACAAAGGUGGAGCGGUGAUCCUUUUAAAACGAGAGUCAUAUGAGAGAGAAAUACAAACCCAGUUGAAAAAUACUAAAUUUUACAGAAAGUUGGACUCUAAUCCCACCCUGAAAUUCAAGAACCUUGUACACGAGAAAUUAAACCAGCUAAUGGAAAUGGGACAUAUAACCAAAAAUGAAUAUGCAUAUAUGAAGGUGGAUUAUCCCAUCACUCCAGUUUUCUACACCCUGCCUAAAAUUCACAAACAAUUCAUAGAUACACCACCGGGACGACCAAUAGUGGCGGCAAUUGGCUCCCUGACGGAGAAAAUAUCAGCUUUUGUGGACCACACUUUACAAUCACUGGUCAUUUCUCUCCCCUCUUAUGUGAAAGACUCAAUGGACUUUAUUAAAAUGAUCCAGUCUGUACAACUGAAAGACUCUCCACAACUCCUUGUCACAAUGGACAUUGAGUCGUUAUACACCAAUGUCCCUUUUGAUGGUGGUCUACAAGCGAUAAAAUCUUUUUUAGAAAAAAGACCCAGUAAUACUCCUACAACCGAAUGUCUCUUGGAUUUGACUGAAUGUGUCCUGUCAUAUAAUUAUUUCCUAUUUGGUUCUGACUUCCAUCUUCAGAUCUCAGGGGUGGCAAUGGGAUCGAAAAUGUCACCCAGCUUUGCAUCACUCUAUGUGGGACUCUUCGAAUCCGAUGUGAUCUUCAAUACACAAAGAAACCCUUUUGUACAGAACAUAUCUUACUGGAAACGCUACCUGGACGACAUCUUCUUCAUAUGGGAUGGUGAUGAGAACCAGCUACAAGAAUUCCAUACAUAUAUGGGUGAGAAUAAUCAACACCUGAAAUUUACUAUGUCUGUGGAUAAAACAAAAAUGAACUUUUUGGACAUUCUAGUAAUGAGGGAAGGAAAUGAGCUAAAAACAAACUUAUAUCGCAAGAGCACAGAUAGAAACUCUCUGCUCCAUGCGGAAUCAUAUCACCCAACAUCUCUAAAGAAAAACCUUCCCAUAUCACAGUUUAGUAGAAUCAGGAGAAUUUGUAGCUCACAGGAUGACUAUCAAUCUCAAGCAACCAUUCUGAAACACAGGUUUAAAGCAAGGGGCUACCAAGAUCAAUGGAUUGAAGAGGCUGCUGACCGGUUUAACAACAUGUCCCAAGAGCAAUGCCUGACUAGGAGAACAAAAAAUAAUGAAACAGAAUCCAGAAUAUCAUGUUGUGUACAGUAUUCCCCAAUUGCCAGAGAAAUUGAACAGAGUGUGAAAAGACAUUGGCACAUCAUUGACUCUGACCCGAACCUAAAAAAGGUUUUCCCCAAACCACCGCGUGUGGUCUACAAGAGACAACCAAACCUCCGGAACAUGCUUGUGAGGGCAGAUUUACCCCCGCCUCCUCCCCCCACACACUUUUUAAGUAACAUUCAAGCAGGCAACUACAAGUGUGGAAACUGCCAACAAUGCAACUUCACCAGUAAAACACACUCCUUUAACCACCCUCAUACAGGAAAGAAAUUUUACAUCAAGGGAGUUAUAUCCUGUCUUACAAAAAAUGUGAUUUACAUGCUCAAAUGCCCAUGUGGCUUGGCCUAUGUGGGCAAGACCACAAGGGCACUUAAGACAAGGAUAGCUGAGCACAGAUGUGCCAUACGCAACAUGGACAUAAAAAGUUCAGUGGCAGUCCACUUCAAAGAGGCCCGACAUAAUGUGUCUGCUCUAAAAUACAUGGGGAUCGAGUUGGUAAAAAUGCCUAGGAGGGGAGGAAAUAUUGACAACUUACUUCUCAAACGGGAACUGUACUGGAUUUACACCCUGGAUACUAUGGCACCAAGGGGCAUGAAUGAGGACUUCAGCAUUAAACCAUUCCUGUAACAGGCCUAAUGACUCUGUGAUUGCCGGUUGUGUGGACGAAAAACUAA